GUGGAUUAUUGCGUAGGCGGAAGUUUUUAGAAAAAAACGGGAAUUAUUUAAGUCGAAAUUUAACGUUUCUUUAUUUAAAUACUUUGUUACACGACAUCAUCGAGCAAAGACAGCAGCGCUUGUAAUUCGAACAUGCCAAAGAAUAAAGGCAAAGGAGGUAAAAAUCGGCGGCGUGGUAAGAACGAGAAUGAGUCUGAGAAGAGAGAGCUGGUUUUCAAGGAGGAUGGCCAGGAAUAUGCUCAGGUGAUAAAGAUGUUGGGAAAUGGACGGCUAGAGGCCACAUGCUUUGAUGGGGUCAAGCGACUGUGCCACAUCCGAGGAAAGCUCCGGAAAAAGGUCUGGAUCAACACUUCUGACAUAAUCCUUAUUGGUCUUAGAGAUUACCAGGAUACCAAAGCAGAUGUCAUUUUAAAGUACAAUGCAGAUGAGGCCCGCAGUCUUAAAGCCUAUGGAGAGCUUCCCGAACACGCUAAAAUCAAUGAAACUGACACAUUUGGACCUGGAGACGACGAUGAGAUUCAGUUUGAUGAUAUUGGGAGUGACGAUGAGGACAUUGAUGAUAUCUGAGUCACGACUGCUGGUGGUUUAUAUUGUUUACACUGUGAGGAGAGAAAACGCUCGUGUUGGGGGAAAAAAUGCAGUUUGGGCAUAACUGAGGCCCCAUAUCAUACUGCAGCCUCCCUCAGAGGAACACUCAGAGGCUUACUGCUCAUCUCUGUCUGUUUUUCUCUCUUUCUUUCUUCUCUCUUUCUCUCUCUCUACCUCUACCUCUCCAGUGCAUAGUCUCACUACAGGUCUUCUCCGAGCACUCUAUCACCACAAUCGUGCCCUUUCUCAUUCAGUGCCAACCACACAACAUAGACUGCGUAGUUUUGUAAUUUUAAAGUAUUUAUAUUGUAUUCCACUGUAUGUGGUGGAAUUUAAAAUACAAAGAAAUUUACAAUAAAAAGUCAAGCCUUUUA